AUGUCGAGUCUGGAGAACAUAUCGCAGGAGGGCAUUCAGUGCUUGGCCUUCGCUGACAGCUAUACCAAGAAAUCUGACCCAACAACGUUGUUGCCAACAUUGUGGAUCGGAACGACAUUAGGGUCAGUAUUGACGAUGAUGAUCAAUUUACCAGAAGCUGAUCUACGGCAUACACAACCCGUGAUUGUUUCCACUAGUGGUGGUCCUAUAUUUAGGUUAAAAGGUUCAAUAUUGGCAAUGUCAUUUUUGGACUGUAAUGGUGCUUUAAUUCCUUAUUCGUAUGAGAGCUGGAGAGAUGAUAGUAAAGACGGUCGAGAACGUCGUGAGCGUACGCCCACCAAGCAGGGCUCCGGCAGCAGCCACAUGAGCCCUACGCCGGGCAGCACUGAGUCGGCAGCAGAUCGACAGUUCGUAGUCAUCGCGUCUGAGAAACAAGCGCGCGUCGUGGCUUUGCCCAGCCAAAAUUGUGUCUAUCGCCAACAAAUUGUUGAUACAGACUUUGUUGUUAAAUCGGAAAUUGUCAGUUUAAAAGACAGCGUAUGUUUAGUAAACUAUUUGUCGACGGGACACCUGGCAGCCUACAGCCUGCCGUCGCUGCGGCCGCUCGUGCAAGCCGACUUCCUGCCGCUUUCUGAACUCAGCUUCCAGACACAGUCCAAACAGAGGGGUAUCGUAGACCCAAUGCUCUCCAUAUGGGGCCAGCAACUGAUAGUUAACGAGGACACGGACCAGAUAGCGAAGACGUUCUGCUUCAGCAACCGCGGGCACGGGCUCUACCUCGCCUCGCCCACUGAGAUACAGAAGUUCACUAUCGACGCUGAGUUCUGUCAACAAUUAAAUGAAAUGAUCGGCGAGCUGUUCCUGCCGCGUGACAUGCCGGAGCCCCCCAAGGAGAGCUUCUUCAAAGGACUCUUUGGAGGUGGCUCCAGACCACUCGAUAGAGAGGAAUUAUUCGGCGAGAGCAGCGGCAAGCCCAGCCGCAGCGUGGCGAAGCACAUCCCGGGCGCGCCGCUGGAGGCCGCGGGCGCGCGCGCCGCCGCCGCCGCCGGCGAGGUGUCGCGCGCGCACCAGCUCGUGCUCGAGCGCGGCGACAAGCUCUCGCACCUCGAGGACCGCACCGAGAGGAUGCACUCGCAGGCUUCCGAGUUCUCCUCAUCGGCGCACCAGCUCAUGCUCAAGUACAAGGACAAGAAAUGGUACCAGCUG